CCUAGAUGACCGGCUCGAACGAGUUCAAGCUGAACCAGCCGCCGGAGGACGGCAUCUCCUCGGUGAAGUUCAGCCCCAACACGUCCCAGUUCCUGCUGGUGUCCUCCUGGGACACGUCCGUGCGCCUGUACGAUGUGCCGGCCAACUCCAUGCGCCUCAAGUACCAGCACACGGGCGCCGUCCUGGACUGCGCCUUCUACGAUCCAACUCAUUCCUGGAGUGGGGGCUUAGAUCACCAGCUGAAAGUGCACGACUUGAAUACUGAUCAAGACAAUCUCGUUGGAACACAUGAUGCCCCUAUCAGGUGUGUUGAAUACUGUCCAGAAGUGAAUGUGAUGGUUACUGGAAGUUGGGAUCAGACAGUUAAAUUGUGGGAUCCCAGAACUCCUUGUAACGCUGGAACCUUCUCUCAGCCUGAAAAGGUGUACACACUCUCAGUGUCUGGAGACAGGCUGAUUGUGGGGACGGCUGGCCGCCGUGUGCUGGUGUGGGACCUUCGGAACAUGGGCUACGUGCAGCAGCGCCGCGAGUCCAGCCUCAAGUACCAGACCCGCUGCAUCCGCGCCUUCCCCAACAAGCAGGGUUAUGUCCUAAGCUCUAUUGAAGGCCGAGUGGCUGUUGAGUACUUGGACCCGAGCCCUGAGGUGCAGAAGAAGAAGUAUGCCUUCAAGUGCCAUCGACUAAAGGAGAAUAAUAUUGAGCAGAUUUACCCCGUCAAUGCCAUCUCCUUCCAUAACAUCCAUAAUACAUUUGCCACAGGUGGUUCUGAUGGCUUUGUCAAUAUCUGGGAUCCUUUUAACAAGAAGCGGCUGUGCCAGUUCCACCGCUAUCCCACCAGCAUCGCCUCCCUUGCCUUCAGUAAUGAUGGCACGACCCUGGCAAUAGCAUCGUCAUACAUGUAUGAAAUGGAUGACACAGACCACCCCGAGGAUGGGAUCUUCAUUCGCCAGGUGACAGAUGCGGAAACAAAACCCAAGUCACCAUGUACUUGACAAGAUUUGAUUUACUUAAGUACCAUGUUGAUGACGAUAAAACAAUUCGUGCUCCCCAGUGUUGGAUUUAUUACUGUUAACAAAGAAACCAGGCUGAAAUACAGUAAUAUUAAAAAGAACAUGAAAAUAAUAGAAGAGAGGCUUUAUUGAAUUUU